CGAUAUCAUACGAUAUGGUACGCAAGUCGAAUGAUCCAUGCGUUUGAGACUCUGAGUCUAAGCCGCAUUUGUGUGCAGAAGCCGUUCGUCUUUUAUAAAUAAAGAAAGACAGAUAUGGCGGCAGAAAGGAAGGGCACCUUCAAGGUUGAGUACCUGCAGAAGAUUGAAAGAGAUGUACAAAAGCAGUGGGAGAAUGCUAAGGUGUACGAACAAGAUGCUCCAUUAUCUCAGAGACAAUCGUCAGAUGAAAAGUUCUUAGCCACUUUUCCAUUUCCAUACAUGAACGGACGUCUUCAUCUGGGACACACUUUCUCUCUGUCAAAAUGCGAGUUCGCAGUUCGCUACAAUCGCCUCUUAGGCAAAAAAGUUUUGUUUCCAUUUGGAUUCCAUUGCACGGGCAUGCCGAUAAAAGCUUGCGCUGACAAACUUAAGAGAGAAAUGGAAACGUAUGGAAACCCACCAAAGUUUCCGCUCGACGAAGAAGUCGUUGCAGAAAAGAUCGAUGAUAUUGUCAUGAAGGAUAAAAGUAAAGGAAAAAAGAGCAAAGCUGUAGCUAAAGCUGGUGGUGCUAAAUAUCAAUGGCAGAUUAUGCAGAGUCUUGGACUGAAUGAUGAGGAAAUCCAAAAAUUCUCCGAUGCCAAUUAUUGGUUGGAUUACUUCCCACCGCUGGCUGUGCAAGACUUGAAAUCGAUCGGAAUACACGUGGACUGGCGACGCAUGUUCAUAACAACCGAUGCAAAUCCAUUCUUCGAUUCUUUCGUUAGAUGGCAGUUCCAACAUCUAAAAGAGAGAAACAAAGUCAAGUAUGGAAAACGGUAUACAGUAUUUUCACCCAAGGACAAUCAGCCAUGUAUGGACCAUGACAGAUCCUCUGGAGAAGGUGUCGGACCACAGGAGUACACUCUAAUCAAAAUGAAACUACUCGAACCUUAUCCUGCCGCACUUAAAGUUGUUCAGGGUAAGCCUGUCUUUCUUGUUGCCGCAACGCUGAGACCCGAGACUAUGUACGGUCAAACAAAUUGCUGGAUUCGUCCGGACAUGCGAUAUAUUGCUUACAGCUUAGCAAAUGGGGAUAUUUACGUCUCUACGGAGAGAGCUGCACGCAAUCUGUCUUAUCAAGGCUUUACAAAAACCGAGGGUAAAAUAGACAUUGUUGCCCAAUUGAGUGGACAGGAUAUUCUUGGUCUUCCACUCCAUGCACCUUUAUCCAGCAACAAAGUGAUAUACACUCUACCCAUGCUUACCAUAAAAGAGGACAAAGGUACAGGUAUCGUGACAUCAGUUCCCAGUGACUCUCCAGAUGAUUACGCGGCACUUGUGGAUCUGAAAAAGAAACAACCAUUUAGAGAAAAGUAUGGCAUCGCAGACAAGAUGGUGCUACCUUACGAUCCUAUACCGAUAAUUCAAGUCCCGGAAUUCGGAAGUCUUUCGGCUGUAACGGUUUACGACCAAUUGAAAAUUCAGUCUCAAAAUGAUAAAGAGAAGCUUCUGACUGCCAAGGAAAUGGUAUAUCUCAAAGGUUUUUACGACGGUGUGCUUUUGGUAGGUGAAUACAAAGGGAAAAAAAUUCAAGACGUCAAAAAGGAAUUACAGAAGAAACUCGUUGAUGCCAAAGAUGCAAUAGUAUACUAUGAACCUGAAAAAACAAUAAUAUCAAGAUCAAACGACGAAUGUGUUGUCGCUUUGUGUAACCAAUGGUACCUAGAUUAUGGCGAGGUAAACUGGAAAAAGCAGGCUGAACAAGCUUUAGAAAACUUGGAAACUUUCCAUGACGAAGUUAGGAAGAAUUUCAUUGCAUGUCUGAAUUGGCUGCAUGAAUAUGCCUGCUCUCGAACUUAUGGUUUAGGUACUAAACUGCCUUGGGAUGAAUACUGGCUCAUUGAGUCUCUGUCAGACUCAACUAUCUACAUGGCGUACUAUACAAUAGCACAUUUAAUACAAGGCGGAACAUUCAAAGGGGAUAAACCCAACGCUCUUGGUAUAAAGGCUGAAGAAAUGACCCCGGAAGUCUGGGACUACAUAUUUUUCAAAGAUGCUAAGCCACCGUGUGGAUCUAUAAAGAAAGAAGCGUUAGAUAAAAUGCGACGCGAGUUCCAGUAUUGGUAUCCUGUCGACCUGCGUGUUUCUGGAAAAGAUUUGGUUCAAAACCAUCUUACCUUCUUCAUUUACAACCAUACCGCUAUUUGGCCGGAUCAACCCGAAUUAUGGCCCAAAGGCAUAAGGGCAAAUGGACAUCUGCUUCUUAAUUCAGCUAAGAUGUCUAAAUCGGAUGGAAAUUUCCUUACGUUGACUGAUGCAGUGCGUAAGUUCUCUGCAGAUGGUAUGCGGCUAUGUCUGGCCGACUCUGGUGACUCUGUGGAAGAUGCGAACUUUGUCGAAAGCACAGCUGAUGCAGGAAUUCUCAGGCUUUAUACGUACAUUGAGUGGGUCAAAGAAGUAAUGGCCUCGAAGAAUACGUUCAGAAAAGGGGAACCUAAUACUUUCAAUGAUCGAGUAUUCCAAAGUGAAAUGAAUCUGAAGAUACUUGAGACCAAGGAAAACUAUCAUAAGAUGCUGUACAAAGAAGCACUUCGAACUGGAUUCUAUGAAUUUCAGGCAGCGAGAGAUAAAUAUCUGCAACUUACUUUGUCGGAUGGAAUUAAUUUGACGCUCAUAAUGAAGUUCAUUGAAAUCCAAACCAUUCUAAUGGCUCCUAUUUGUCCACACGUUUCCGAGCAUGUGUGGACCUUGAUUGAAAAGAAAGACAGUAUUUUGAACGCUCGUUGGCCUAUGGCUGGUCCGAUUGAUGAAAUCUUGGUGAAAUCUUCGCAGUACCUAAUGGAAGCUGCGCAUACUUUCAGAAUCCUUCUGAAAAAUCAACUUACCGUAAAAAAACCUGCCAAAGGGAAGGCAGCUACUUCUCCCGAAAUUCCUACAUUCGGUACGAUUUGGGUGGCAAAAACUUUUCCCCCAUGGCAGAGCACUGUUCUCACGAGUAUGAAACAAUUGUUCGAGCAAAACGGAGGGAAAUUACCGGAAAACAAAGUCAUAUCUACGGAACUUGGUACCAAACCAGAGCUCAAGAAAUACAUGAAGAGAGUAAUGCCUUUUGUGCAAGCAACGAGAGAAAAAAUGGAUACACUCGGUGUAUCAGCUUUGAAUCUGACACUUGACUUCGAUGAAGUUGAUGUGUUGAAGAUAAAUCAAGAUUAUCUUCGCAGCACUCUGGACCUGGAAAAAAUUGAAAUUAAAUACUCCGAUGAGGCUCCCGAAAAAACGAAAGAAGAAUGCUGUCCUGGUGCACCGUAUAUAAGUUACUCUACAAGACCAGGCCUUCCUGUUACCCUUGUGAAUCCACAAAAAUGUAAUAGCCUUUUCACCAAGGUAAUAAAACUCUCCGACGGAGACAGUGCAAUUGAUGUCUCAGCGCGAAUAGCCAAGGAUAAUAAAUUGAUAAAAGAUGCUAGUUCAGUUCGCUUAUACCGUUACGAAGAUUCGGUACUGGGGCCUAGAACUAUAUCAAAAGUCGACGAUAUACUGAGUGGCAAAAUCCUUAUUCCUCCAACCACGAUUUUUAGUGUGAAUUUAGAUACUAAUACAGUAGAACUUGACGUUGGAGGAAAAAAAUAUCCUACUGGACUAGAUUUCUUAUACAUUGUAGAAUAGCAAUAGCGUUGUAAAAAUGACUUAUAAUUUAUUUACGUACUUCGCAAUUUGUAUUUCUAAUGAGGCCAAUAAAAGAAA